AUGGAUGAAGGUCUGUUCUACGUCACAAGUGCUGGCAGACACGGAGCUCCGAUUAGAGAAAGAUCUCGCUUCGGUGUAACACCUUCAUUUGUGGGUGAAUAUAUUGGCAAGGAGGAGUACCAGGAGUUCGUGUCCUUUAUAUUGCGCGAUCCUCAAAUGCAACAAAAUCCUCCAUCUAUUUUUAUGACCACAGAUACACCAACCGAUGUAAAAAUUACUACACCGGAAACAUCUGAAGACCAAAUGACUAGCUUCGACUCCUCGAUAACAAUACCGUAUCCAGAAUUUGGAACCAAUGUCUCGCCAGAAAUGAAGGCGAUCCGUAUUCGCUCGAAAGAAAGCAUAACAGUUGCUGUAAGCGCUCAUCAAGAUAUCACUACCCUUAUCCCCACAGAAAAGUUGUCCACGUCAUAUAUAUUCUCAACGCCAAUUAGAGAUUCUGCAUUUCAGGCAUUUAUUGCGAUAUCGGUAACAGCAAUUCAUGAUAAUACCUGCAUUACAUUUUCUGACUUGGGGGAUUCUACCUCCCAGGAAUACACCCUCAAUGCCUUAGAAACUCGUAUACAAGAAUAUCGCGGUACAGACCCGAGAGCUUAUAAUGUACAGUCCUCUAAGCCAGUCGCCGUUUUUUGUGGGAUGUACUGUAUGUCGGAUGCAAACUGCAAUAAUAUAAUUGAACAGAUACCACCAUCCAGUCAAUUGGACACCGUCUAUAUCAUCCCCCCUAAUAUUGAUAAGAUAACGGCUGUACUAAUUGUACCUCAAAAGGACACAACAUUGUUUGAAGAAAACGAUAGCUUCCCUGUCGUCGCUGGUAAUAUCUACCCUGGUGGAAUACUUAAUGAUGUCUUAAUCAGGCGAAGUACAGAUCCCAUUAUUGUGACGACUUAUGCCCUUGAUGAGGAUUUAUCUGUCGGAGCCCCGUAUUGGACAGUGGUUCCUGGAGUGAACCAAUAUUUACCUAGGUAUAAAAUCAUCAUACAAAAUGGAUGGAAUAGUAACUACAUUGCUAUUAUGAUCAGGAAAAGUGCUGUUGGUGGUUUGCGAGUAAAUGAGCAAUCUAUUGACGCUAACUCAAUUCGAUUCGAGAAAGAUGUUGUCGUUGAAGCCGUGGAAUACUCGGUCAUUGUAGCAGAAGUAACAGAAGGCGAGCUGACCUUGGAUACCAUCGAUGAUACUCCCUUUGGUUUAAUGGUGUAUGGUUCUCGACCGGUAGCCGGAUAUGGAUUUGCAGGCAACGUUAUUCUUCCUUAA